CACGAAAUAAGUUUACAAACGCAGUUGCUCAUUUUUGAUUUUCGUGUUUUGAACUAUUUUUAUUCGGAAGCAGAAAUUUAUUUGAAAAAUGUAAUGCGUUACAAAUUCAGUUGUGACUUCAAACGUUUGUUGUUUGCAAUGCAUAGAAAAAGUUGUACAAAUAUAUUUAACAAACAGUAACAAGUUCUGAAAGAAAAUGAUAAGUGCCCUUAUACCUAGCUAUCGACAGGUUCAAGGGAACCAUGGAAAACAUUAUACAGUUUUCCAAAUUGAAGUAUAUUCUUCAGGAAAGUGCCAUACUAUUGAACGUAGAUAUCGUGCCUUUCAUUCUCUGCAUAAGCAGUUGAAGCAUAUUUUAAUUGCUCCAGAUUUUCCACCAAAAAAGGUUCGUAAUUUAAAUCCAAAAGUUCUAGAACAAAGACGUAAAGGUUUAGAAAGCUACUUACAAGAUCUUUUAAAACGAAAACCAGUGCCUAAACAGUUACUCAGUUUUUUGUCAUUGCCUGGUAUAUCACCUGCUUCAAGCAUAAACUCAUUUGUAGAUGAAAAUAAGGGUGCAAUGCAUCAGCCAGUGAUUAUGUACAGCCCCAACUUGUAUUUAGAAAAAAAUCGAAACAGUUUGUUGCCUGACAUAGUGAGCCAGGGGCUGUUAAAAGCUUUUUAUUCUUCUGAUGAAGAUGGUGAUUAAUUGUAUGAGAAAUUUCUAGUAUUCACUUGUUAAGAUAAUUAUGUAAUUUAUUUUGUACGGUUGUAAAAAAAAAAAACUUGGGUUUCCGGUUGUACCAAUGAAUUUGAAGUAUUAAUUUGAUUAUUUUUAAUGGUUAUUGAGAUUAUUUUCAGCAUUUUGCUUAUGUUAUAUAUUGUUUUUGCAUUGUGAUAAUUUCAAAUUUGGAAAUGUUUUUAAAAAGGGUUAUUUUACUAUCAGAAGUGCAGCUAAUUUUUCAAUUAUAAUAUGUUAUAUAAAUUGUAACAAGUUUAGAAUUCAAGUAUUUAAUUUUUCCUAUAUUUGCUCAUAAAACAAGAAAAAAGUUACUAAGUCAGAGGCAUAUCCAUCUGUAACACAAUCAGUCAUGUUCAAUUCGAUCCGAUUCUAUCUGCCAGUAGUACAGCAAGAAAUUACCUUCUAGGUGGGGUGAAGGAAAUUUCUUGCUGUGCUACUGGUAGAUAGAGUUUAAGCAAGAGCAGGAUCACUUGUGUUAAGAGUUGAAUAUGUCCCUUAAACUAGAUUAGGUAUAUCAAUGCUGAGAUGAUUGGUAAUGUUUUGAACUAAAAUUUCUUUUGUGCUAAAAAAUUUAUAAAUUAUAUUUGGCUGUAAGAUAUUCAAAGAAAAAAAAUUGUUAUAGUUUUUUUUUAAUAUAGUUAUUUUUUAAAUGAGUAUGCUUAGGAAUUUUUACCUCUGUGCAAAGAUUUUUUAUUGAAUAGGCUGCUAAAAACUAAGUUAAUUAUACUUUCUAAUUGUAAUUAUCAACUUAGCAUUCAGAGGUUGUAUUAUACACUAAUAUCUGUAAAAACACUGUUAUACACUGCACAUUUCUCAGUUCACUGAAGGAUACCAAUUAUUUGAACUUGUCCUUUCAUGCACCCAUCUAUGUGUAUCCUUUGCUGUACUUAGCAAUGAGGGAUUUUGAACAUUACAUUAAAACAACAAUUUAAAAUCUUUUUUUUUUCUCCGCAUUUGUAAUACUUUAAUUAUUGUGCAUUAAUUCCUAAUAGAAAUACUGAUUUUAGAUUUUGGUUUUAUUCUCAUCAUAGUUUAGCAAUAAGAAACUAAAAUUAUAUUUUUAAAACUGAGAAUUUACUGAGUAGUGAAAUGAGUGUCAGUGCCUAAGACCCUUAGAGUCAUUUAAUUGUUACCUGUUUGCUAUUUCAUUUUAAUGUUAUUUGUGCUUAAAUUUUGUUUUUUAAUAUACACAAGCAAAAGAUCAAAACUCAUUAAACAUAGAAUUUUUUGCAUUUUUGAAAAAUAAUUCUGUCGAAUUCAAUUAAUUUUUUCUUUUUUUACGUUAAAGUAGUGUUUUUAAAAGUUUUCCUCAAUACAAUCGUUUAUAGCUGGGGUUCUCAACCUUUCAUGCUCAGCAGCCCACUCUAAACACUGAUGUCAAGUUACAACUCCCACUACCAUAUGUAGUCAAUACAAAUACAGUAUCUUAUAUAAUUAAAAACUGAGCAUAUGUAUCUAUGUAUGUCCAAGUAACUUCUCCCGUACGCCAAUGAACUGACCAUCGAGCCAGGUAUGGAUGGAUUCGUAAUCUUCCCAUCUUCAUGUCUGGCUAUUUAGCAUAAUCCUUCGAUAAUAAUUAGUCGAGAUAUCAAUUAAAAACUAGUAAUUAUAACUCAGAUUUCAAAAUAAAAUCCCUAUUUUUCGAAGGCUUUCCUCCAUUUAAAUUAUUAUUCAGUGCUUCAUCUCAACUUUCUGUAACGAUGCUUUUAUUAAAAUUUGUAGUUGCAGCAUGAAGAAAAUCGUUAAAUGAAAUAUCUGUUGCCAUUUUUUUUCUCGAAUAUAAACAAAUAAAAUUUUGGUUUUUGUUUUGAUGCUUUUCCUGCAAUUGGGGGAUUUAAAAUGUUUACUUUAUGGUUAUUUUUCCGCAAUCUGCUGCAAAAUUUUUCUUUUUUUUUGUUCAGGCCUGAUUGUUGAACAUGCGUCACUAGACAUAGCUAUUAUUUUCGAGGUACACCGUGCAAAGCAGGGUGACGCAGCUAGUUACCUUGAUUUGAUGACUGUCAAGAGACUGGAAAAAGUUAUCGUUUGAUCAGAGAUAUAGUUAAAUCGAGGAGCAUAGUCACUUAAUACAAUCAAAUCUGGACCAGUGAACUGUAUCAUUAAACUGAGGAAAUUGUUAAGUCAAUUAUUGUUAAAUCGAAGUUAUACUGUAGUACAAUUGGAAAAUUGGAAUUUAAAAUAAGCUUGUUAUUCAAUGAAAAUAUUGAUAAGUUUGAAUAGAGAGUUUGAUAUUUCCACAAUUAUUUUCUUUCAAUGGCGGCGAUUUGGGUGUCAAGGAAACGACUGCCCUCUCACUUUUUUUAUCAUCAAAGAUUUUCUCAGCAUUGAGAUUUUAAUUUCAAACCACUCUGGGUGAAGUUGCCUGAACAUCAACAAAUAUUGUUUAAAAUUUCAGUUUUAAAACUUCAAUUUAAAAAUUUUCUGGGAGAAAAUCUUCGAGCGCACUCCAUCCUUCCUUUAAAUUCAAAGAUGAUCUAAAUUUGCAUUAUAAAAAUUCCAGUUUGAGAAAAACAAAUCAGGAAAAGAAUCCCCCCCCCCCCCCCCCCCCCCCGAUAGCGUAAAACUGUGUUUUUAAGACUCCAACUAAAAAAUGAAAAAAUCCGAAGAUUUUUUCCAGAAGUCCCCAAAGGAAGUUCAAAACUGAGUUCUUAGGAUUUCAUCAGUUCAAAAAAAAAAAAAAAAAAAAAAAACUAGGAGAACCUUAGAACCUUUUUGUUCCUCUUUAAGUCAUAAAUGAGAAGUGAAAUAUGUGUUAAAACACGUUUCAAUAAUGUUAUAAACUUUGCAAAAGUUCUGGGAGUGAGCCCCAAACCCCUUGCUCUAAGUUUGCUAAAGAGGGCUUUAAUUUGCGAAUUUAAGACAUGAGUUUAAAAAAAUUUCUGGGAAGAGCCUUCCUUAUCCUUACAUUACCAAAGACAGUCCAAACUUAUUCAUUUUUAUUAUUAGUAGUAGUAAUUAGACUUUAUUAAAAAAAAAAACAUUAUGGACAACACUGGAAACUACUUUCCGUUCCCCAAAACGGCCUUUUAAAACUACAAUUCCAAAUCAUUUACACAAGAGAACAUCAGAAGCCCCCCCCCACACACACCUCAAGAUAGCCUAAAAUAGUCUUCAACCUCUUUAAAAAAAUUUGCCCCCGCACUUUUAAGCACCACUCGCUGUCUCUGUUUUUUUUAAUGUAUAAAAAUUCGAACAAAUGGAAAUCCUCGAAUAAAAUACAAAUUAAUAUGAGAUUAUCUAGAGUCUAUGAGGUUGGUAUGUAAUACCAAAGUGACUUUCAUAGUGUCAAUGCAAAGGUUGCCAUUGUUUGUCCUUGACAAGUUUAUUAGGUUGUUACUGUAGCAAAGUGCACAUGAGAUUAUUUUUAAUGACUUGCGCAAUACUUUGCUCUUGCUAAAAAUCCAGAUUCGCAGAGAGUGAAUAAAGACUAUGCUAAAAAUAUCAACAGAAAAAAGGCAAUACUGUCAAAAAUAUUUACAUGUAACCUGUGACAUUCCUAGCUCAAGUCUCACCCAGAGGGGCAAUUUGUGGUGUCACCCCCCCCCCCCCCACUAAAAGAUAAAAAAAACUUUUAAUGUAAGCAUGAAAUUUGUAUAAUUUCAGAAGCUACUUAGUUUUCCAUUUAAGGCUGUGAGAAACAAAGGAUGUUAGCGCCAAAAUUAAAAAUUUGAAGAUAACCUGUACCAAUAGUAGGUCAGUAGGUGAACCUCUCCUCUACAAUCUUGGGGCAAGAGAUAGUACUAGUAGCCCUGGUAGGUGCUGCUAUACAGCAUGAUUUAGAAAAAAAAAUUCAAUGGAAGCAUACCUAGGACCUUAUUUUUAAAUGUUUUGCUCAAAAAACUUUAAAAAUGUCCACUUACAUCUCUUUGCUUCUCACUGCCUCAUUUGUGAUGCAAAAAAAGUUCUGAAUACAUUUUGUGUGAAAUAACUGUCCCCUCCCUGCAAUAUUGUGCUCAAUUUUCAUUAAAAUUUUAUGGAUUGAAUAUAAUUCAAUAUAUAUUGAGAGGCAUUUUUAAAUGUGAAGUAUUUAUACUUUUAAUAAACUCUUGAGUGCAUUCUGUGUGUCACACGUAGUGGAUAUACCUCUCUCCCUGUACUGCUUCUGCAUGUGACCACAAAACAGAGCAAAACAAUAGUCAAUAUUACUUGUCCAUUUUGUUUUAUUAGACAUCUAUGCCUCCCUCGAAAUUCUUUAACACCCGUCAGAUUGAGAACUCCUGGUUUAUAGGGUAAAACGUGUGCCACUGCAUGUAGUUGAUUUUCUUAAAAAGUUAAUUCUUAGUACAAAUGCAAAUAAGGACUUAGCCAGAUAGUUAUACAGUGAGCUUGACAAAAUUUAAAACAUAGACAGAGACAUAACUUUUUUUUUCCCUUUUUUUUUGUUGUAUUCAUGUUUAAAACUAAAACAAACUUAACUUGCUUGCUGCUCUUUUCAUUUAGCUAAAUUCUUAUGUAUUUAUUUUCAGUGUGUACAAAUUUAAAUUUUCCAAAGUUCUUUUCAAAAUUUACUUAUUAGUCUUAUACAGUAGUGCCCAACCUUUUUUUUUUUGUCUGAGGGCCGCACCUCAUAUUAAAAGGUCUUUGGCAGGCCAGAGCGCAUAUAAAAUUUGUAUAUGUUUGAAGUUUUUAAUAAAUGACUUGGGGAAGUACAGAAAAGGAAGGAAAAUUACAAAACUAGAGUUGCCAUCAUUACUAUAUGCUUAUUUUAUCAAUACGAAGUUUGCAUUUGUCUUUUAGAAACCAAUGUCAGACUAUUUGACUCCGAAUUUGCAGCAAUCUUUCUUGAUACCGAUUGAAGGUGAUUGGCUGUUUUUGAAAAUUCCAGAACAUAGUUUUCAAUGAAUAGUAUUUAACAGAACAGAAGACAAAGGAUCAGCUUUUCAGGCCAUAGGUUGGGUAUCAGUGGUUUUAUAAAAUGGGGUUGUUUCCUUCAGUCAAAAGUACUAUUUUUAGUCACUGAAGUUGAUAGAAUAAGCAAAAAAAAAAAAAACAAAUAUGGACCCAGAAAAUGCUUUCAUUUUCCCAACAGUUAUUUUUUAAUUAAUUUUUUUAAAAUGUCGUGAUUUUUCAAACAAGGCGUGGCCUUCAUGACGUCACAAAUGAUGCUCUUUGGUGCAUCUUUCUACCAUGUUUCCACGUUGUGAUAAUCAAGAAGCAAAUUAAAUAUUGAGCUCUACACUUGCUAUCAACCAUAUCGUUGCCAGUACAUGUUAGUAAAGAUGCAAAUUAAAUAUUGUGGUCUGUGAAUGGCAACACUGAAUGGUAUUUCAUGAUUUGUGAUGUCACGGCAGAAGCGUAAACAAUGAAAGUGCACAGAUUAAAGUAAUUUUUUUAAAGUAUUAAACUUCGUCAAAAUAUUUUAAAAAAUGGUCAGAUCCUAUGUUUUUAAGCAUGCUCUUUCAGAAAAAAAUGCUUUUAAAAUUUUUGAAACGACCCCAUAAUGAGAAUCAAAGUGGACUGUAUUUUCAUUAAAUAGGAUUAGAAUUAUAACUGUCUGACUUUAACUAUUAUGGUGUAAUUGCUGGCAGACAGUCUCUUUAUUAGUGAAGACAGAAUAAUUGCAACAAUGUAUAACUAUUUUUCAAAAAAAAAAGAAAUAAAAAUCUGUAAUUCACAUACAACAUUGUCUGCUUAAUAGAACUUGCUCACAUCCAUUUCUCAUAUUUUGCACAAAAGUAGUUUUCACUUAAUGUAUAUAUGUGAUAAAAUAUUAAUAUUUCAUUUAUGUGACAAAAUAUCAGUUUUCUUAUCGAUGUUUGUUUAUUCAUUACUUACUUAAACACUUGUUAGUUUGCAACAUAUGUUUUUUAGGAUGUUUGUUUUUUAAUGUGCUUAUUUGUUGCAUGAGUUAUUUCAGUUCUAUUCAACGAUUGUUUUAUGUCUCAAAAUAAAGAUGCCAUUUUGUUUUUGUGUAAUGUACAAGUGUGGUUAGUGUAAAAUUGUUUUAUUGAAUAUAUGUGAUGAUGUAAAUACUCUCAAGUUUUAAUUCAUAAUUUAUUAAGAUUAUUUUUCUAACAUUAUUUGAUUAAAUUGUUGUAACAUAGAGAGCUUUAUGUAAAUAUGAAUUCAGGAUAUAAUAUAGCAUUAUUUGUAUACAUUGUACCAAUGCAUUGAUUUUGGGAUAGCUGAAAAAUAAUAGUCAUAUGGUGACGAUGUAGAUAUUUAAUAAUUUCUUCAAUGAAACAUGCUGAUAGUUUUAAUCAUAUAAUUUAAUCAUUUCUUUUCAUGAUAAAUUAUGGAUUGUGAUGACUGAGAUUUUUAUGAAAUUCCUAAAUUUAUUGUAACUUAACUAAUUUUAAAAUUUUAUAAUUUGUUAUUAUCAUACAAUUUAUUCAUUUUUCAGGAUGAGAUUCUAAAUAUGUCUUUCAUCUUAUUUAGUAUUACAUAAAAGUAUUGCAACAAAAAAAUGUAUUAGUUUCAUGUUUUGACAAAUAUGAGUGACAGAGGAUAAAAAUACUUCCUAUCAUUCAUUAAGAGAGUAUUUGUGAUAAAAGCAAGUGCAUUAAAAAUAUCAAGUGUUAGUGUACUUGGCAGAUGAUCGGAGACACCUUGACAAUUUCACGUGCUUUUUUAACUUAUUUUGCUACCUUUAAAAGAUUUUUAAAAAAUUAAAAAAGAGCCUAAGAUCAUCUUUGAAGCAUCUUUUUGUGCUUUAUAGAUGUUGAGUACACAUAUCAUAGCAUGUCAGUGUGAUGAAUAUUGUUAAUUGUGAAUGCCUUUAUAGUUAAGUUUUUGAUUUCUUAAUUUUUUAGUUAAAAUUUUGGUAAAAUCUUGCUUUAUUUCUGUUAGUAUUGAACAGCUGUUUUUCAUUACUUUUAAAAUAAAAUCUAUUGAAAGUGAUCAAAUUAAUGUUGUUUUUGGUAUUAACAUUAAAAAUUUUGGAAUUAAGGAAAGCUUUAAUUCAAAAUAUUAUGCAAUUUAUCUCGUUAUAUUUUUGAUUUCUAAAUAGAAACUUCUGUAAGCUUCUGAUAAAAAUUUAAAGAAUUGCUUUGCAACUAUGAGAUUUAUAAAAUUUGCAAGAAUUAUAGUAAAACCUUGAUUAUUCAAAAAUCUCUCUCAACCAAAUUUUCUUUCUUAGUUGUAAAACACAUUUCAAACUUUAAAGUCCAUUAUGCUAGGCUAUUCAUUUGGUUUUUAUUUUAUUUUGCUUAAGUUUCAUGUUUUGAAAGGCUUUAGCAGUGAAAACUAAUGCGUGUAAUAGUUGUAAGAAAUUGAAGGAUUUUCUAACAUCAGAUCAAAUUUUGAUUUUUUAUCAGUGGUUGAUCACAAUUACAGUAACCCCUUGUUACAUCAUCAUCACGCUUUUCUUUUGUCUCCUGAAAAGUUAUAUUAAAAAAGUAAUUAUUGCCGACAAUGACAUCACAGGAAAAAAAGUUAUAUUUUUCUAAAAAAGUUUUUUCUUUAAUCAAUGUGUGACCAAAACUCGCUUAUUUUCAUUCACUUUUCCUUGCAGUUUAGGCUACAACUUUCAAUUCAUAUUCCAGCAUAAACAUUAAAAAAUUUUAAUUGUUAUCUGUUUAAUUUUUUUUAAAAAAAAGGAGUUAGACCAAUUUUCUGAUGAUUUCUUUAAAGAAACUGUUCUAAUAGGAUUAUAAACUAAGCUUUGAGUCGGUGCACUUGUCAGUAAUUUGUACAUUAAUUGAAUUGUUGCUUUUUAUCGCAUAGGUUUUUGAUUAUAUUAUGCUUUUUUGUCUCUCAAAAAUUGCAAUAUAUUGAGGGGUUAUUGUGCUUUGAAUGAUUAAGGUUCUACUGUAUUACCAUUUUUCCUCUCAAAAAUUUUUUUGCCAUGAUUUUUUUUUUUUUUAAAUGAGGUUUGGUUCUUUAUCUUCUUGAAAUUACUGAAAAUUAAAGUAAAGUUAUGUAAUUUGAAUUGCACUUUAUAUAGUUUAUGUUGAAGUUAAAAGUUUAACUUGGUUUUGGUUUUAACUGUAAAUUAAAAUUAAACUUGUGCUCUGUAUAUGCUAUUUGCACAUCAUUUUCUAUAUGUUUCUCAUUACUUCUUAAUAUUGAAUAAACUUCUUAACUAAAAAAAUAUUUGCAAAAAAAUUAAAAGUGUUUAUGCAUUUUUUUUCUAUUCUUUAUUUUUUUUUCAUGAGAAGCAAAAUGUAUUGGACUGUUUUGAAUUUUGAAGAAUAUCAAAGUAAGGAUUUUCUAAAAUAUCACUUUGUAAUAUUAGUUUUGAAUUUGUGUGUAAAAUCUUUUCUGUUAAAAUUUCUAGCUGCAUAUGCAAAUACGUCAAAGCUCUGAUUUUACGUCUUUGAAAGGAAUGAUUUAAAAUAACACAAAUAAGCUCAUUGUAAAAGUUUUGAUAACCAAUCGUGAUGUGUUUAUAGAAUAUCAAAUUUAUCUUACUAAAAUAAAUUUAUGAACAAAUUCAUAAUUUUGCUGUUUAUAAAGCCUGGAUUAUAUGCACCAAAAAAUUAAGAAAAUGUGCACAUUUUUUUUCAUUCACCCAAGAAAGUUCAUGUCUGAAUUAAGAAAAUGGCUCUAUUUUUUUUUUUAUUUUGUUAUUAAGGGUGCAAAUACAUAUCAAAGCACUUAUUUAUGAAGAAAGUGGUUUUUCACAUUUAUUCCUUCUGUUGCAAUGAAUCACAAUUUGUCCUGGAGGUUUUCUUUGGUUAGAGGAUUACUUUUUUUAUUGAAUAUCAUUUGAAAAGAUAAAUAUCUUUCUAAAAGCUACAAAAUCUCUUUAGAGUUUUGUUUUAAAAAUAUAUUAAACAAGGAUAUGCAUAAGAAAAGCACAGUAAUAUACAUUUAAUUGUUUUAGUUUUUUGAUGAUGUGUUUAUGUAUUUAUAUAUAAUGUGCAUUUGCAUAUAAUCCGGGCUCCAGUUAUGACAUCUUUUUACGGAGCACAAUAGUCAAUAUGUUCUAUCCUAAUCUUUUUUUUUUUUUUUACUUAUCGCAAUUGUUGAUAGAGUGGAAACUAGCAUACAAUAUUUUUGCCUUUUUUACUUAUGUUAAUUCUGUCUAUUGCAUUCUUUAUCAGUACGAUUUGAUCUGAAAAAAUUUCGCUCAUAAUACCUGAAGCAGAUACAGAAAAAAGAGAUUGUGGCAGGAAAUUCCAAAAUUUUAGACAGAGAGAAAAUGACACCCACAUAACUGAAAUUUUGCAUCUUCAUAAAGUAUUAUUGAUGGAGUAAGAUUUAAAUGUAAACAAGACAUAAAAAUAGUACUUUACUGUAUUUUCAUACUGGGACUGAGGUGUGUUUUCAAUUAUUGAUCACAUGUACAAUAUCUACUUAAUAUUCCAUUUGUGGGCUUCCCAUUUUCAUGUAUGCUUGUAAACUUAACAAGUAUGUAUUGAAUUUUAGUUCUAUCAAGAAAAUAAAACAUUGUACUUAUUUUAGGUGGAUGUAUAUGCUCGAUAAUCACAGGACAAGUCUGCCGUCGGAUGGUUAAAUGCAGUAUCUGCAACAAUGAGUUUUUGAGAUAUUUGUUGAAAUGCAUUUUGGAUUCCUUUCUAAGGAAAUGUUAGAAUUUGACAUUUUUUUUCGUGCCUUAUUUUUAGUGAAAACCAAAUAAACAAGCUUGUAGAAUAAAGUACAGCAGAUAAGUACAAUAGAUAACAAAAGUGCAAAAAAAAAAAAAAAAAAAAAAGGAAACAUUUGCAGAUACUGUGAUUUACCUUCCUAUGGCAGAAGUGUUGUAAAAACCUCAUGAAUCAUUUUGUUUUAUUGACUGCUGUAAUUACUAGUGAUGAGUUUAAAAAUUACAAUGCUGAGAUUUAGUCAUUUGUUAUUCAGGUCGUCUGAAGAAUCGGGACAUUGAUAUGUGAUUAGGAAAUUUUAUUAUCCCAGGAAUAGGUUCAUUCCACAGAGCUAGUAUAGAAGUAGAUUGCGCUUCUUUAACCAGAAGGCAGAAACUGGCUGUCAACGUGAGGAGAAAGUAGUGGUCGAAUAAAUGAAGGGGAAAGGGGAGGGGCAAUGAAAUGUUAGAAUGGGGGCUCAUUUGAACCAAGCGUUUCGAUCAGAGGUUCCUAGAGGGUUCUAAUCUGGCAUCUUUCUCACCAACAUUGUAAAUUUCAAGUAAAUGUUUCACUAAGUUUGUGCACUUUAGACCAUUGCGUUUUUCAAGAAGUGGUGGUAAAAGCAACUUUCAAGUGAACAGCAAUAUUGUAACCCCAGCACAUGCUCUAGUUUAAAUUCUAACUUUACAGUUCAUUCAAGUCACCUUUGGAAUGGAUUCAUGCACAAACUGUUCAAUUACAGAAUUAUGGUGAAAGUACUUGUAGUGAACUUUCUUCUGCAAACUCAGAACACUUAUCAAUCACUUCCUGUGUGCCAAAUUCAAUAACUUUUGUGGAAAUGAAUCCGUUUUGCGUUCCAUUGAACAUAUCAAGUUGAAACUUUUCAGUAUUCAGAAAAAUUGCAGCUGUUAACGUGUCACUUGCCUUAGAAUUCAGCCCCGACAUUGCAUGAAGAACAGAUUUUUGAUACUCAGUUUUGUCUACAAGUGAGAGAAUAUAUUUAUUUAUUUUUUGUGCAUGAGUAAUGAACAUGAAAAAAUUAUUUUGUUCACUUAGCGCAAAUUGAGGACUUGAACCAGAAGAAAAAAGCUCAGAUUUUUAUCAAAUCUUUUACUUUUAAAUCAAACUCAAAAUUGUUUUGUAGUUCAUUAAUGUCCCCCCCCCCCCCCCCAGUUAGAUCUAAAGUUGCUGCACAUGAGGCAUAGAAUUUUAACUCCAGUGAAAGAAACAAAUUUUGGAAGAAAAUAUUUUUGUCAGUCUUCUGACAGAAUCAAUGGUCAGCAAACAUUCCUAGGCAGUGAAUAAAUACCUUUUGAGUCCGAAAAUUAGGUGAAACAAUGUUUAAUUGCAAAUACAUGCCUUUUUCAUCGCAAAAGAAGUGAGCUGAUGAAAAGACAUCGGAUAAGUGACAAAACUUGUGUUUGCAUUAAGUGCUGCACUUGAACAAUUUUGCAAUUAAACCUUUGUUCGAUCAAAUAUUGUUAUAUUAUUUUAUCUCUAGAUACUGUUUGUAAACAUGAUUUAGCAACUUGCUUAACAAUGACAUAUCUUGAAUACUACAAUCAAAAAUUUUCAAAACCUAGUAAUUGCAAAUUUUCAUAAAUUUGAAAUGAUUCAUUUCAACAUCAUUUGUUUCAUGCAAUGUGUUUUUUGAACAUGAUUCGUGUUUGUUAAAACUUUUCUUUAUAUUUUUAAUUUUAAAAUGCUUUCAUUAAAUGAUACUUUUGUUGUAGUUAUACGUUGAGAAAGUUCCUAAUAAACAAUGAAAUGAAAUCUGUAUAUACGUAAAUAUUGAAAUUGUAUUCAUUAAAUAUAUAAUUUCAGGUAACUUAUUUCUGUAUGAUGUUGUAAUUCUUGGUGUCUUGUAUAAUAUAUUUUUCCCACGAACACAGCAAAUGUAAUCAAUACAUUUCGCUAAAAUGAAAAUCACAACUUUAUUGAAAUUGUAAAAGUUUUAAAUUGCAAUAAAAUUUUAGUUUUUACUCUG